GUAUGACAAAUGUGUGGAGGCAAACCCCACGCGAGCAAAAUAUGAGCCUGCGAUAAAAAUAUCGGGAAAAAAAAUCCAAAAUGUCGGAACCGAGGAAAGAGGCUUUAAAGAGCAAAUACGGUGGUUUACCUCCUGCCCCGAAACGACCUGGGAAAUCUUACGGGUAAGAAUUAAGACACUGAAUUGAUUUAAUCUUAGGUUUGUAAAAAACUUUAUGUAGGUGGUUUGUAAAGAACUUUAUGUAGGUGGUUUGUAAAAAACUUUAUGUAGCUGUUGUUAUGGACUGAGAUCUUUUGAUCGCACAAACAGAACUGCGGGAGGACUGAGACGAAAGCGUGAUUACACACCGUUGUCUUGGGAAGAUUACUUCGAUAGUUCGAGAGAUGUUUGUGUCAAUGAUAAAAACGUAUCUUUUGUUCCACUGAGUGCUUCUGUAAUGAGAGAAGGGGAGAUCCCUCUAAAUUCCAUACCCACGUUAAUUACGAGUGCUGUGAUUGUUUAAAAGUUAUUUUAGUACAAAAGUCAUGUUAAUUCAUUUGACCUUACUUCUUGUGCAUACUACAGUUGUAUUUUUCGAAAUAUUUUAUGCAAUUGUGAUUACUUCAUGCAACGGCCAGCAUGUUGACGUUGAAUGUCAUAAGCUGUGGUCGUUACUACUGGAAAAUGCAUUCCCUUUUGUUGAUUAACUCUUUAACUCCUAUCAGUGAAUGACUUCAACAUUUGUAUAAUUUCUCCUUUCCUUUUCACUACCCUUGAAUCAAAUGUAAAAAGGUCAUGAGAAUAAUAGAAAUGAUAACCAAUUCAAGAAGCCCCUAAUUUUAAAAGUCUCCUUGUCGUCCUUAGGAAAUGUUAAGAGGAAAGUGCAAAGAAUACAGAUAUUAAUGUUAGGUAUGGGUGGCUGUCACCGCCAACAAUAUAGGCAUAGUAAAUCAUUUGUAAUAAAUAGAAAUGGUCUACUUGUCUUUUGGAGAACAGUUUAUCUUAUCUCAAGAGAUUUAUUUAAAAUACAAAUGGACAAGUCACCUAUGGUGAAAUGAAAUAUUCAAGCAAAAAAUGGUUUAUACAAUUAGAACAUUUCUGUUUAUUACAAACCAUUCAUUUUGCCUGUAUUUUUGGCAGUGACAACCGCUCAUAGUUAGGGCAUGAGGGGUUAUGUUUGAGCGAAGUAAGCUUGUUAUUCUUGGUACAAUUAUAGAGGGUGAAAAACUUUUGCUAUCUUCAUGUGACAAAGAAAUUUUUUAAUUGAUUUAUUUCAGAUAGGUAUUUAUAUUUCAGAUAAAGUUUGACUAAGACCACCAAAAUAGCAUGCUUAACCAUGAAAAAAAACCAACUAAAAAAAACUAAAAAAAAAAAACAAAAAAUAGACAGGAACAUUCUCCUUACAGUUACAAUGCCCUGUCUGGCUUGACUUUUGAAGCUUAAUGCCAGUGCCUUGGCAAUAGGAUAUGUACAUGUCUCUUUUAUCUUUUUACUCCCUUAAUCAUCAGUAUGUAUAUUGUCCAUACUGUUCUUCAUGCAUUUCCUAAGUUACUGACAAGGAGAAGAACUUCUUUACUUGGUUAGAUAAUUUCAUCGAUUCAUAUGACCUUAAUAUUUGAUUCUAUGUUAGUCACUCUUAGGGGUUAACCCUUUAACUCCCAAGAUCUGAUUGUUAAUUCUCCCCUCUUGCUGCUACACAUUUCCUAAAUUAGUUAUGAGAACUUGGUGCUAGAUCAAGAUAGCAGCAUCUACCUGAUAAGUUUGAAUAUUCUCAUUACCUGUUUGCUGUAUAAUGUAUGGAUAUUAUUGAGAGAAGUUUCAUGUUAAUCACUACUGGGAGUUAAAGGGUUAAGUUAAAGUGGCCAUGAUGAGGAAUGGAAAGAAUAGGAGAAUUUCCUUGACUUAUUGCCUGGCAACUUGUGCAAUAGAGAUUUCGAGUUUACCAGGCUGGUAAUUCUGGUCCAGUUCUAUUGUUACUUCAUGGUGGAGGGCAUUCUGCUUUGUCAUGGGCUGUCUUCACUGUAAGUAUUUGUCAUAACACUUUAUAACAUAGCUAGCACAUUCAGGUACCCAAAUCCAAUAGCGUGAGCGUGUUUUAUAAUUCUAUUGUGCACUCAAAUGAUUUAAGCAAACCAGUGCCUCAGUAUUGAAAAUUUUCCUUUGUGAUUGACUGCGAACGUCCUGACCAGUCUGGCUGUUUUGUUUUGAGAUUUUGAAGAUGUUUUCUCCAGUCCAUGCCAACUGAGAUAGACUUUUGGGAGCUCUUUAUGAAAAGUUAAUCUAGAGAAGGAUGCUGGAUUUGAAUAUAUAGUGAUGGUCUUUUAAGUCUUUAAAAAACGAAAAGAGCUAUCAAGUGAUAAUACUAAGAGUGUUUUCAUCUUUUUUAGAAAUCAAUCAUAAGAAUAUGUCACUGUCAAGUUUUAGCACUAGAUCUCAGAGGCCAUGGUAGGUGUAUGAUUUUUAACAAACCUAUAACCAUUUGAUCCCUUAAAAUGACUAACAUCUAAUUUCUUUUUACAAUAUCACCCCUGAAUCACACAUUAAGGUUAAGAGAACACAGGAAAUGAUCACCAUUUAAAGAAGCUUCCGACUUUUAACUAAUUCUCCUUGUCAGCAUAUUGGGAAAUGUAAAGGGUAGAGUGUGGAGAAUAUGCAUACUGAUGUUUGGGUGAAAAGGGCCAAAUGCACAAGAUUUGCAUGCAGAUAUCACAGGAAAAACAGAGUUGACAGUUCUAUUGAAUGAUCAUAUCCUGGUGGAAAGAAAUUCCAUACAAAUACCCUUACUGCCUACCACCUAAAUAACCUAUAAAUUUAGACACUCGUUUCAUAAGUGUUUAGUCAUAUAGUGUCUAUACUUGUGUACUUAGCACUACUGGACAUGUGUUGAGUGACAAUUUUUGUGCUGUAAUUUUGAAAUAUAUGAAAAUUGCUUCUUUUAAAGGUGACACAUCCACAGAAGAUGACUCUGAUUUGUCAGCGGAUACCUUAUCAAAGUAAGUUUUACCUGAUAAUCCUAAUGAUCUCUGAUACCAGAUGUAUUUGCUAGAUUACAUGAGGUAUGAGUAAGGGAAUAAUGACUCAAUCAGAUGUUUCCCUGUGAGUGCUUUACUGGAUGUCUGCAUGAGAGUGAUUGUGAAAAAUUGGUUGAAUGCAUGAUCAAUGUAUAGGAGAUGAAAAAUUUUGUGUCAGUUUCCCCCAACUUGUAGUCAGGGCCCAAUAUUAGUAAUAAAAAUAAGUAAUUAGAUGUAUAUUAGAGACAACAUGAAAUUUAGUUACAGGUGUUCAAAAGUGACUAAAAAAAAUUAUUUUUUGUUACUGAUACAUCAACAUCCUUUGACAUAAUUGGUUCCUUGAGGCUCACAGGCUUCCUUCAGCAUUGCCCUUGGAAAAUAGGUGGCCUUUUGGAACAUGGAUUGUCUGCUGACUAAUAUUUGAACAUAUUUUUGCACAAAGUCUAGGCUACUGUGUAUAUAUUGUAACAUGGCCAAUAGCAUACACGUCCUACAGCUGAACAUAUUUUAUAAUGUACAUACUUCAAUAAGAACCGUUUGUUUCUCACUCACAGAGAUGUUGGAAAUGUUGUACAGGCUAUCUAUGGAGAUUCCCCUCCACCCAUACUUCUGGUUGGACACAGGUAAAAUGCACUUAUUAUGAAAUGUCUGGAGCAAAUCCUUUUAUUUUGAUUUGUCCUUAAUGCUUAAUAAGAGUGUGUAUAGCAAUAUUUACAAAGGAAAGUGCUGUUUAUCGAAGCCAAUGUUUUAAAAAUCUGUGGGGUAAUAGUAACAAGAUGUGUUUGUGUUGAUCACAAGGGCUUAACCCUUGAACUCCCAGAUCAAAUUUGUCAUUCUUCUUACUGUCGAUCAUACAAUUCUUAUAAUGUUAGUUCGGAGAAUUUAGUAUUGGAUCAACUAAUCAUCCCCAAAUUGAUAUUUUUCUUUAUUCCCAUUACUAAUCUGGUUGAUAUUGUAUUGAUAUUGUGAGGAGAAAUUCUGUCUCGGGUACUCAUGGGAGUUUAAGGGUUAAUGAUAGUAAUUUCUUGUUUUCAGCAUGGGUGGGGCCAUUGCUGUUCAUGUUGGAGUUCAAAAACUGUUGAGUACCUCUUUAGCUGGACUAGCUGUUAUUGAUGUAGUGGAAGGUGAGUGAGAGAGACUAAUAAAAAAGUACAUGGAGUGCAUUUAAAAUGAAUGUAGUAAUUAAAAGUAACACCAGAGUGAUCACAAUUGCUGAUCAGAUUGAAGGAAAAUAUCAGAAGUAGCCAAUGACAACCAGAGCUAAAACAGGAAAACUACCUCACAAUGGCAAAAUGUAAUAUACAUCUGUUUGGUCUAGUGGAUGACAUGAGUUUUCUAGACCAAAUAAAGACUGUGGUGAAAGAAGACCAAUUUAAUCUUAGUAUAAUUUCCAAUUUAUAUCUGCUUACACCAGUUUGGUAUGAACAAGUGGGGUGCAAGAAGUCACUAGUCAGUUGUGUUACGAUGAAGUAAGGUUAACAAUUUUCAAUGAGAGCUAAAUACUUUCAGCAAGAAACUGUAUCCAGGCAGUAACUUAAUAGGCAUAUGGGUAUUAUUUAGAAAAAGCUCUGGAUUUAUGGAGAAAUUUGUUUGUUUAUAUACAUAUAGGGACGGCGAUGGAAGCAUUGUCUGCUAUGCAGUCUUUUUUGAGAAGCAGACCAUCUUCGUUUCACUCACUGGAAGAAGGAAUAGAAUGGAGGUAUUCUGAAAUGGGAUGAAGGACCAGUCUAAAACAAGAUUUCCUUCAUUUUCCUUCAGUUUUCAUAAUCCAAAUGACAGAGGCCAAUCUGCCAUUUUUGAUAUCUUAAAAUUCUAACAUGACUCAGAGGCUAGGGAGAAUAAAACAGAAUAAAUUUAUUUAUCAUCCCUCAACCUCAAUGUGAUUUCUUUUGUUUUAUUCUUCCAGGGCUAAAUUUGAAGCAAAAAUUACUUGAGUUUACAUUUUCAAGGGGUAUAGCCAAUGGUGACCAAAUGUUAUAUGAUGUGACCUUUCUUCAUGUUUUUACAAUUGCAGUAUACGAAGUGGCCAGGUCCACAAUGUGGAAUCAGCGCGUAUAUCCAUGGCUGGACAGUUAGUCAGGUGAAUUUAAUAUCUUCUCAUCUGAGUCAGUGGUGGAAAGCUUUUGACAAAGACAUUAAUGCUUGUAAUCUCUGUUGUUUUGGUUGAUUAAGUCUGUAGUUAUAUUUACAUUCAAGUACGAUUAAAAUUGUGUUUAAAACCAACAGAUGUAGUGGUGACAGUGAAGAUAAAGUAAAUAGUGAGUGUCCAACUUCUCCCCCACUGUCACAUGCCUGUGAUACAAUUAGUGAAGAAUCUGAAGAAACAGUCAAUACAAAGGCUUCGACUGUGGUGCAUGCAGGGAAUAGUCAGGUGGAUACAGGGCAGAAGGUAAGCAGCAGCAGUGCCCUGUUUCUAUUGAAGUUAUCUUUAAUUCUAAAUUUUCUGGCCAUCCAAUUACAACUUUCUUGUUCCCUUUUACCUCUCUCCAGUUCCCUCUUACCCCUUCCCCCUUCCCUCUUACCCCUUCUCCCUUCCCUCUUACCCCUUUCCCAUUCCUUUUUACCCCUCCCCUGUUCCCUUUUACCCCUCCCCUGUUUCGUUUUAACCCUUCCCUUGUUCCCUUUUACCCCUCCCUCGUUCCCUUUUACCCCUCCCCCUUCCCUCUCAUCCCUUCCCUAUUCCCCUUUUACCACUCCCCCUUCCCUCUUACCUCUUCCUCGUUCCCCUUCACCCCAUCUCCCUUCCCACUUACCCCUCCCCAGUUCCCCUUAAUCCCUUCCCCCUUCCCCUUUACCCCUCCUCCUUCCCUCUCAUCCCUCCCCUAUUCCCCUUUUACCACUCCCCCUUCUCUCUUACCCCUCCCUCGUUCCCUUUUUCCCCUACUUUCUUCCUUUUUACCUCUUCUUAUUAGAUUUAGGGGUGUUACGUAUGCUGUUAACAAAUAUCUUAUUUCAGUGUGCUAGCUCUUAUAAUCACCCACAGGCCUAUUUGCAUUCAAAUAUCCCGACCCUCAUACCCCCCAAAAGUAUUCUUUUAUAAAUAUUCACGCUUACAAUUUGUAAGCUCUUAAUCUUUUUAUUUCUUGUCACCUUAUCUAUAUCACAUUCACCAGUUAAUCAGACAGAAAAAUGAUUCAAAUACUGUAAAAAGAGGAUAAAUCGAGUUACAGAAUUGUUGGUUAAAAAAAUGUCUGACUGGAGAAAACUAUCUAAAAAGCAUCGCAUCUUGCUACACAUUGGGCAGAACCAACGGAGCUACGAGGAGAACUGCUUUGCGUCUGUAAAUGUUGUAAGCACUUUUAAGCUGCCGUUAGUGAGACGUUUUAUAGAAAUGAUAGACUACAGCAGUCCCUGCUUCUCGGCGAAGUCUGUAGCGUGAGUCAAAAUGAUCAGCGCCCACCAUACUUCCACGCAAGGCACUAACUUCAAAUCUUUUUCCAUUGUUUGGGUAUUUGUCGUUUAGAGGGCUGAUGAGAGAUUUACUUGGAGGAUUGACUUGUCUAAGACUGAUCAGUUUUGGGAAGGUGAGUCUAAGAUUACUCAGACGUGCACUUCUCGCCAUGUGAACACUGAUGGAGAUGUGACGUGUACUUUGAUAGGGCUACAAAAUCCUGCGAGUGUGCAUCUCCUUAGAAACCGUUGUCAUUCAUGGUAACUUUUUUACACGCUUCUAUAGCCCUGGAAUUGUGGAUUUUAAAAGUUGGGAUCAUGUCUCUUUUCCCCUUGUUCUACAUCUCUGAAGGAAUGAAGUCUCUAACAAAUAACAAGAGUCUCCACCCUUGUGGGUGAACUGAGGAACUAAGUAUGCCCCCCCCCUCCCGUUUCGUGAGUAAAGCAGGUGUAUAUAUUUCCCUUUUGUCUAUCAGUUUUAUUUGUUUUUAUUUUCUAUCUUUUUAAUUUUGAAGGCUGGUUUAAAGGCAUGUCCAAUUUGUUCUUAUCGUGUCCUGUUCCAAAGCUUCUCAUCUUGGCAGGUAAUCAAAUGUAAUUUUCUGGAUUUCAAUUUUUUUGAGCCUGUUUGUUUGUUUGUUUAUUUUAUUUUGAUAUUGAAGGUGAGGAUGAUGAUAAUGAUAGUGAUGAUGAUGAGGCUUUCAUUGUUUUUGUUGUUCUGGUUGAAUGUUAGAUGAUUUACGUGACUAAAAAGCUCCAUGCCUUUGAGGAAUAUAGUCGCGGACAAUUUAAUUUUUUAACCAUUUCCCUUGCGCUCUUCAGAAACUAUAUCUUUGAUCUGCGCAAGUAGUUUUGACACUUAACACUAUAAAGAUCGAAUUUUCGACACAGGUGUGGAUCGUCUUGACAAAGAUCUGACGAUUGGUCAAAUGCAAGGUAUGAUGUCUCAGAUUAGUUGAGACCUAGUUUAUGUGAUAUAAUAUUUUCUUGUUUGAAUGACAAUUUUUUCUAAGGAUGGAAACUCUGAAAUAUUCGUUUGAAGGUAAAUUUCAGAUGCAAGUAUUACCACGCUGCGGUCAUUGCGUUCACGAGGAUGCCCCGGACAAAGUAAGUGAAGUAAAGAAUCCAUCCUCAGCUUAGAACGAUAAAUGUAAAAAAGAGUAAUAAUUGAAUUAUAAUAACAAUAAUGAUAAAUACAAAAAUAAUACUGAAUGAUAAUGAUAACAAUGGUAGUAAAAAAUAAAAAAAAUUCUAAUGAGCUUACCAGGGUUUUCCAUGCCUUGUUGUGAACAGCUGCAUCAUCUCCUCAGAGCAAUUUGAAAUUUCUCACAUUUAGUAACAAUCAAACCUCACUUUUUCCUGACGUAUUUUUGUGGUAUGAGUGGAAUAAAGUUGGGAAAUUGCGAAUGUUCUGAAAUUUUCAAUUCUAAAAAACGUGAAAAACAGGAUUCGCGGUAAAGAGACCGAUUCUGAAAAAAAUUACAGUACCAUCAUAAGUAUCCCUUAGCCCAAAGUUACAUCUUAUUUACACCUGCUACUUGUGGUGACUAUUGCCGUGUUCCGACUGUGGUUUGUCCUUUAUGUGUGCAGGUUGCAGAAGUCUUAGUGACAUUUCUAAUGCGGCUGAAACUCGCUGUGACAAAGGAGAACUUUCUCAGGUAGGCAUUGAUAUAGAACUGACUCCCGCACUUGUUUUUUGUCAUAUUCGUCGCGCACUCUGUCUUUAUUGGGCGAUUUAUUCGGAACCUUUUAUUGUUUUAUGAACUAAAGGAUUCCCAAUCCAUCACCGAAACAAAGAUGUCUUAUAUUUGUGACAACCGUAAGUGUCGCAGUAUCUUUGCAUGGAUCCAAAUUUUAGAAUCCCACUUCACGUUUGGAUGAUCUACCAUGUGAGCAUAUAGGGUUUUGUUGUGGCAAGCAUCCUACUAGGAUCACAAAUGUCGAUAGCUUUCUACACAGAAAUAACACUUAACUUCUUUUGAGUUUGUAUUUUCUGGUCGUGAUUGGGUUGUUGUUUCAGUGACCUUAUGAAAAGGUGGG